AUGUUUUUUUCGGGAGAGGAAACCAGCAUGAUUGGAGCACUUCCUGUGUUUUAAUACCAGAGCAGGAAACCGAAUGGAUUUAAACAAAAACAGUUUGAAAGAGAGGUCGAGACAGAAGAAACGAGUGAGUGAGUGAGUGAGCGAGAGAGACAGAGAAGGGGGAGUGACUGAGUGAGCGAGUGAGAGAGGAAAAAUUGUGUUUUUUUUUUUUUUUUUUUAGCAGCUGCAAACCAUUUCAGUCUGUGUAGUGGCCUGAGAACAGAGAGACUGAGCGACAGAAAGAAAGCAAGGAAGCCUGCCUGCUACACACAAAAACAGAGGAAGAAUUGGGAUUGCGUGGCGCUUUGUUGUUUCUCUCAUCAACGGAGCUCUCUAAAAAAAAAAAUAGAGAAGUGGAGAGAGAAAGAAGGAGAGUGUCCGGGGAUUGUCUGGGAGAGAGAACGCCUGCAAGGCAGAGUCGGAGGCAGCGCUCAGACUGGGUCUCGGACUGUCUGGGUCUCUGCCCUCUGGAUACAGUCCCACGACUCACAGCAGCUCUGCCUGGCUGGACUGGGCUCACCCCCCCUAACCCACCUACCAUCUCUCCCUAACGACCCCUCUCACCCCCUCCCGGAUUCAGCCUCCGCUCUGAACUUACUGUCUCUUCUUGACUGGAGCUGUGGAUGAGCAGCGUGAUGGAAGGUGGGAGAUGAUAGACAGGCGUCUCGUCUACGACAGGAAAAAGGUCUGGAUUUCUUUGUUCUGGUUUUUGAAUUGCAAGACUGACUUGUGCGGAGUGGCGGAUGAUGGGAUUUACUUUUUUUUUAUCGCUGAUGAUGAGGAUAAUGAUGAUGUCAGCAAGGGGGAUGAAGGAGCAUUCCAGGCACAGAGCGGGCCGCUGCCUUCAGACACACAUCACUCAUGCUUUGUGAUGAGAUUGGAAGAGAGAAAAAGGAGAGAGAAAAUCUAGUCUGUCUGCAAGGACUCACAGGACCAAAACAGGCUGAUGAUUGACUGCUCGGUUACUUUGUAUGACAUUUUUUGCUUCCGUUUUGAUUCCCUCAAAAGGAUCAACUCUUUUGUUAAGUCAUUCCCAUGGUUUUGGGUUGACAACAAACUUGAACCAAGACAGAAAACAUCAACAAACUCAUUGGAUCUGCACUUUUUUCCCUUUCCCACCUCUUUUUAUAUCAGGGAGUAGUGGAUUUCUCACCCCCUGCACAACCUCUUUUUAUAUCAGGGAGUAGUGGAUUUCCCACCCCCUGCACAACCUCUUUUUAUAUCAUGGAGUAGUGGAUUUCUCACCCCCUGCACAACCUCUUUUUAUAUCAGGGAGUAGUGGAUUUCCCACCCCCUGCACAACCUCUUUUUAUAUCAUGGAGUAGUGGAUUUGCCACCCCCUGCACAACCUCUUUUUAUAUCAUGGAGUAGUGGAUUUCCCACCCCCUGCACAACCUCUUUUUAUAUCAGGGAGUAGUGGAUUUCCCACCCCCUGCACAACCUCUUUUUAUAUCAGGGAGUAGUGGAUUUCUCACCCCCUGCACAACCUCUUUUUAUAUCAUGGAGUAGUGGAUUUCUCACCCCCUGCACAACCUCUUUUUAUAUGAGGGAGUAGUGGAUUUCUCACCCCCUGCACAACCUCUUUUUAUAUGAGGGAGUAGUGGAUUUCUCACCCCCUGCACAACCUCUUUUUAUAUGAGGGAGUAGUGGAUUUCUCACCCCCUGCACAACCUCUUUUUAUAUGAGGGAGUAGUGGAUUUCUCACCUUAAAAGGAGACUUUACACACUUCUUUGGCUGCUUCUCACUGAGACCGUUGCUCAACCCUUCUCUGCUGCUUAUCCUGUUGUGGCAGAGCGAGGAGAGCAGGAAGGGAAGGACGGAGUUGAAGAGUGGGAAAGGAGUAGGGAGUUGAACGACUGUGUGUGUGAGGGGGGAGUUAAAGUCAAAUGGAACAAAGGGUUGUUAUCUCCACGGCACUCACCUCGUUCUGGACUUUGGACCUCUACGAGACCGCCCCUGCCUCCUUCCUGAUAACCUUCCAAAUGAGCAGUGCUCAUUAAUAUGCUGCCGGAGGAGAGGAGCAUCUGCAUGCAGGACACUCACUCACUGAUGCUCCCCUGCAUUUCAGAUAGUGCCGGAAUAGCCUGCUGCACUGCUAUUGAGGUGACAUUGAUGUGGACCUAUGGACUUGUAAUGUAGAUUGCAAACCUUUUGACAUUUUGGUCAUUGAAGCGGAUUCAUGUUUGGGAUUGUGGAUUGGACCGGGAAUGGUUGAGCGACUGAACUAUUUUCAACCCACCCAUUAAGGUAUUUUCCCCAUUGUUUUCUGUGGAAUACUUAUUGGCCCCGUCCCCGAGGGGGGCCACCCUGCCCCUAUAAAGGACCACUGCAGGCCGUCAGGGUAUCUCCCCCAGUGGCAGCUGAGGAAUGGGAAAGCCCCUGAGCCGGCCGGACUGCCUGAGGCAAAACCCCCGAUGCCUGGGGAAGGGGGACGAGGAUGAGGCCUACAUCGAGGACUGCUAUGUCCCCCAGCGUUCCAUCUACGACACCAUGCGCAUCAACGAGCAGAUCGACCAGGGCUCCUCCAAGCUCAGCCAGCCCUCGCGCAGCACCCUGGGCUCCAACGGCGGCGGAGAGGCCAGCACCCUCUCCAGCAACGGCACCAUCGGGGCUGACUUAGGGAGCGUCUUUGUGUCAAGGGCGCACGCUGAUGCCGGAGUUAAAAGACUGGACGAAAGGGUGAUCUUUGAUGCCCUCAAGCUAACCGGCGAUCCCCAGAGCAUGUCACCACCUGGAAGUUGCGGUGGUUCUGGUUUACCCAUCACACCCUUGUCCUCUGCCUCCUGUGGGGCAGCCGCAGUAAAAAGGCGCCACCAGGGUGGCGAUAAGAAAGACAACCCUAAUCGUCGCUCCUGGAAGGCGUUUAUGCCCCCCAGUUACCCAGAGUUUGCAGAGAGGCUUGAGUUUUCUCCUGGGGAAAGUGCUGAGAAGCGUCUGUCCGGUCCUGCGAUUCCACUUUCUCUACUUCCGCCACCAACCCUCACCUCCACACCCCCCUUACCUCCUUACUCACCUUCCUUUGUGUCGUCCGGGGGUCCUCCACACACUGUCUCAUCCUCCCCUUCGUUGACACUGAGUCCCAUUCCCCCCCUCCAACAGCACCCUGUCAGCAGGCAAAAACAACUUCACCCCCUGCUCCAAAAACAACACAAGCAAACACAUGCACUACCCUCCCCCUCAAAAGAACAACCAUCGGUGCAGGUACCUACCCAUCCCCACCAGGGCUCUGGGGGCACCCCACAGCAGAGUCCCAAUGCUACCGCCCAGCUGGACAACAAAAAGGACAAGCAUCAUAGGCGCCCGGCUGUAUCUCCCAAAGCUGGUAUCAAGAUAAUUACCGAGGAGAGCCCUGAAGCGGCCAAGGCUUCUGACUCUGAAAGAGAGACGGACUCUCCUCUCCUAGAACAAGACCUGGACAAAGCCCCUCUCCUACCCCAGUUGGCUCCACCGAAACCUGUGUUCUACCCCCCGACCAAAGCACGCACCUGGCCCCGAAGUAUGAGAGGGGGAAAGCGGUCCCACGGGGGCAUGCGCCACCUCUUCCCCGUCCUGCCCCCCCUGCCACCCUUAUUGGGAGAGGACAGUGACAUGGACGAGGAGUCAUUCUACCUACUGGACCCCCCCUCACCUUUCCUCCAGGAAGAGGAGGGGCUGGUCCAUGGAGGGCUGCCACUCAUUCCCUGCCUCAGCCAGGAGGAGGGUGAAGUGGGACUUUUGGGCUGGGCUCCCCCUAAUGGUGAGCUCCGGCAACGAACCGCCUCUGAGCUCAAAUUCGAGGAGGAUGAACGCAGGAUCUUACAGGAGCUGGAGGAGGAAGAAGUGGACAUGGAGGAAGAAGGAAAAGGGGAGGAAGAAGGGACAAGAGAGGGGGGAGAAGUGGCGGAUAAGAAAGGAGAAAUUGAAGAAGAGGAGGAGAGGGAGUGGGAGGCAAUGCUGAAGCUGGAGAAUAGGGAGAUAAUGGACCGAUGUUGGGAGGGGGACUCUGGAGAGGGCUGGGAACCCCAGCAAUCAGAGUCUUCUGGACAUUGGCCCCUUCUGACCCCUCCGACAGGUUUUGGUGGGCCUAGGGCCCCAAGUGCCUCCCCCUGCCCCAGCUCAGGGGCCGGCUCAGAUGACCUUUUCCUAGAGCUGGAGAGACAAUGUUUAGAGGAGGAGGGAGGGGAGAGUUCUGUGGACCCUGAAUCUAGUGAGGCAACAGAGCCCAACACCCUAGCCAGUGUAGAGGAGGAGGAGGAGGAGGAGGAGGAAGAGGAGGAGCAGGAGGAAGCCACUGAUGCCUGUGUUUGUCUUGUGGAAACUGCGCCUAUGUAUAUCGAUCAAAGGACAGAGACUGAUUGCGCUGAGCCCCGGUUGGAAAACCCCUUCUCAGUUUCACCACCACCUAGUCCUGAACACAUGGACCAGGUCCAACUACAGACAUCUGAACACACCGACCUGGAGGAAGCACAACUCUGUUAUGACCUCCACCAGGUUCUCGUUGAAGGUGAACAAUAUCAUAUUGAUGAAGAGCAAUGUGUAAUUGAUGAUGAAGGCGAAGAAGAGCAGAGUUUUCCCGAGACGCCCGAGAUGGACUCGGUCUGCGGACAUCUCCCUGAGUCUGACUCAAGCGGGGUCCACAUGUCCCAGCCGGACAGAACUGCUUGGUCCGACACCACUCAGAACGACUGUGAACACGAGCCGCCCGCUGAGAGCGAGUGGGAACUGGACAGCGGUUCGUCAUCGGUUCAAGAGGUCGAGGAGGUGCGCGAGGAAACAGGGUUGUGCCUCCACACGGCCUUCCCACCUCCUCCAUCCCCCAGCCCACAGAACCCUUAUGCCAAAAGGGAAGAGCAGGAGGUGGAGGAGGCGAAGGAGAGGGCGCCAGACUGGAGUGCAUGUGAGCAACCUGAGCCUAGUUGGGACAGUGGGUCCCCUGGGUCGACCCACUCAGAUGGAGAAAUGAGGGUUAGUGCUGCAGAGGAUGUUGAUGUACUAACUUCCUGUCAAGCGGAGCUGUUCUCUUCAGAGAUUAGUGACAUUGCUAAGGAGACAACCUCUGUCACUGAGGGGAUGACACUUGCGUCAUCAGACACUUGGAACUGCUCUGUCCCCACAGAUAAGGUAUCUUCUCUGAACAUGUCUGGGCAAGACAUGGACCAGAGGUCCACAAGCACCCCCAAAGCUCUUGAAGACACUCUCCCUCGUUCACACUCCCCCUGCUCAACAAAGAGACUCUGCCCCCCCUUCACCCUUACCACUGUCCCCCGUCAAGCACGAGCCAAGAGGGCCAGGCCUGGACAGCAAAAACUCUGACGCUUUUGUGGCCACUGACAGUUUUGUUUACCUGGCGGUCUCCGUGCCACCCCCGUUCCCUCAGGACUGCCCCCCCUCCCCGCUGGAAUCCUCAACACCCCCCAGCCCCAGCCCUGUCCCCAAACCCUGCCCUGAGCCAGACAAUGGGGCCUUCCUUUGCUCCGACAGCUUUGUUUACUUGGCCGCCCCGGAGCGGCUCCCCCAGGUGUCCGACGGCGGUUCCGCAUGCGAGGACGCCCAGGAGCUGGACUAUGGAGACUCGUACUCUGAGAGUACCCAGUCGGGAGUGGACUUUGUCCUUGGGUCCAUGACCGGGGACAGUGACUGGGAGUCUGACGGCUCGGCCUUGGACCCCCCCUUGUACCAACAGGGAGUGGGAAGAGCUGGAAUCUGGGUUACUCCAGGGGCUUUUCAGGGAGGGCCAGUUGGAGGAUCAGAGGGCCCCAGUUGCCACAACAGAGACUGA